AUGAGUAUCAUCGAAGAAACAGCUAGUCCGAUCAAUUUAAAUCAAAAUGAUAUAGUUUUUGAUAACGAUUCCCUUGUUACAAGAACCACUACUAAGCUUGCCAAAAAUGUCGAUGUUUUGUCGGAUAAUGCCGUUUUAAUCGAAAAGGCCUUGGUUGAACACAUUACCACCAUUAACCAUGAAGAGUGCGACGCGGGCGACGAGGACUCAUUCUUUGUUUGUGACUUGAACGAAGUUUGCAAGUCGGUUGAGCUCUGGCGUGCGCAAUUGCCAAGAGUCCAGCCUCACUAUGCCAUCAAGUGUAAUACCAAUUUGGAAAUCCUCAAGUGUUUGGAUAAAUUGGGAGUCAACUAUGACUGUGCGUCGAAGAAUGAAAUCGAUACUGUGUUGCGCUUGGGUAUCGAUGCCGACAGGAUUGUUUAUGCCAACCCGUGCAAGACCAACUCCUUUAUCAGACACGCAAGAGACUCGGGCGUCAACUUGACCACGGUGGAUAAUGUGCACGAAUUGCACAAAUUGGCCAGAUUCCAUCCGCAAUGUCGUGUAUUGAUUCGCAUCAUGACUGACGAUGAAGAUGCUCAGUGCAGAUUGAGCACCAAGUUUGGAUGUUCUAUCUCGACAGUGGUGAAGGAGAUUUUGCCCGUUGCCAAGCAGUUGAAUUUGGAUGUUGCCGGCGUGGCUUUCCAUGUAGGCUCGGGCGCCAAGGAUUUCACCUCGAUCUACAAGGCCGUUAGAGACGCGAGAACGAUUUUUGACUGUGGAUUAAACUACGGGUUCAAUAUGGACAUCUUGGAUAUCGGCGGUGGCUUUGAAUUUGAAACUUUUGGCGAGUCUUCUGCCAUGGUUAAUUAUUCACUCGACAAGUUCUUUUCCGAUGAUCAACACCAGGUUAAAUUUAUUGCUGAGCCUGGUCGCUUUAUGGUUGCAAAUGCAUUUACUUUGGCUACUCACAUCAUUGCCAAGCGUGACUUGCCUCAACCGCAAAGUGACAUUAGAGCAAUGUUGUAUAUUAAUGAUGGAGUCUAUGGGAACUUGAACUGCAUCUUGUUUGACCAUCAAGAACCAAAAGCCAAGGUCUUGCACAGUGGAGAUAAAUUUCACUACAUGGAAAGUGCCAGUGCUAGUGCAAGUGGCGGUGCCACCAAAGGAGAAGGAGGAUACGAUUUCUCAAUCUGGGGUCCAACUUGCGAUGGAUUAGAUUGUGUUUCCACCAAGAGCAAAUUGAGUUGUGACGUUAAAGUUGGCGAUUGGUUAUAUUUCCCCAACUUGGGUGCUUACACAAGCUGUGCAACUACACAAUUUAAUGGAUUCAAAAAUGAUACUAAAGUUAUUUAUAUAUCAUAA